GUGUCCCCGCGCCAGGAGUGCCUGACUCACGGUGAGCCUCCUCAUCCUCGGUUAGCUUGACGGGCGGAAGAGGGAGCCUAGGUGAACCGUUUCGGAGAGGAAGAAGUGGGUGUACAGCUGUGGCCCCCGAGGACCCCACCAGACCGGUCUUGGAAGGGCUAUAGUUGACUCUGGAGCCCUAAAGAACCAGAAAUCCAAAGGAAGUAGUAUUCCUGCUACACAGAGCCCUAUCUUUAGUGAAGCUAUUUCCGGAGUCCAUAUGAUGACCAAAGUGCCACGCAUGGCCACAGGUGUGGGCCCUAGGCCUCCACAGGAGCAGGUGGGGCCCGUGAUUGUGAAAGUCAAGGAGGAGGAGAAAGGGAAGUGCUUUCCUAGCCUGGAGAUGUUCCGUCAACGCUUCAGGCAGUUUGGGUACCAUGACACACCUGGACCCCGGGAGGCCCUCAGCCAGCUCCGGGUGCUCUGCUGUGAGUGGCUGAGGCCAGAGAUCCACACCAAGGAGCAGAUCCUGGAGCUGCUGGUGCUUGAGCAGUUCCUGACCAUCCUGCCCCGAGAGCUGCAGGCCUGGGUGCAGGAGCACUGUCCAGAGAGCGCUGAAGAAGCUGUCACUCUCCUGGAGGAUCUGGAGCAAGAACUGGAUGAACCGGGACAGCAGGUUUCACCUCCUCCAAAUGAACAGAAACAGGUGUGGGAGAAGAUGUCGUCUUCAGGAACAGCAAAGGAAUCCCUGAGCAGCACACAGACAUGGUCUGUGGAGACAAGUCCCAAAUAUGAAUCUUGGGGACCCCUGUACAUCCAAGAGACUGGGGAAGAGCAGGAUUUCACUUCAGAGCUGAGACAGAACCAAGACUGUAAAUCGAACACCCAGAAUGACGAAUCAACAGAUAAGCAGAAAAAUUCUGAAGAGUCUCAUGCAGAAGAAUUCAAAAAGGAUAUUAUUCCCAUGGUUAUUGCCAGUAAAUGUGAGGCCAGGUCAGAAAGGCAGUGGGUAAAUCUUGAGAAAGAAAGAGGAACAAAAACCCCUCUCCUAGGCAAAGGUUCCAAGAAAGGUAGAGAACUAAUGCCCAGUAAACCUGCCCCGGGGGAGAGACGUUACAUAUGUGCUGAGUGUGGAAAAGCCUUUAGUAAUAGCUCAAAUCUUACUAAACACCGGAGAACACACACUGGGGAGAAACCCUAUGUGUGCACCAAAUGUGGGAAAGCCUUUAGCCACAGCUCAAACCUUACCCUUCACUAUAGAACACACUUGGUGGACCGGCCCUAUGACUGUAAGUGUGGAAAAGCCUUUGGCCAGAGCUCAGAUCUCCUUAAACAUCAACGAAUACACACUGAGGAGGCACCAUAUCAGUGCAAAGAUUGUGGGAAAGCUUUCAGUGGUAAAGGCAGCCUCAUUCGGCACUAUCGAAUACAUACUGGGGAGAAACCUUACCAGUGUAACGAAUGUGGGAAGAGCUUUAGCCAGCAUGCAGGUCUUAGUUCUCAUCAGAGACUCCACACCGGAGAGAAGCCAUAUAAAUGUAAGGAGUGUGGAAAAGCCUUCAACCACAGCUCCAAUUUUAAUAAACAUCAUAGAAUCCAUACUGGGGAAAAACCCUAUUGGUGUGAUAAUUGUGGAAAAACAUUCUGUAGUAAGUCAAAUCUUUCCAAACACCAGAGAGUCCACACUGGAGAGGGAGAAGUGCUUUAACCGUCAAGUAUGCUCUCUUGGUGAUUUUUUUGUUUUUGUUUUUUUAACUUUAGAACAAGAAUGCUAGGGAGAAGCCAGGUAAUUGUAAUGAAAAUUUCAGUGGUAGAUUUUGUUUCACUCAAUAUCAAGGGACACUGGAGGAGUGAGGGCGGUGGCAUUGUAGUAGGGCAGGUCCUGGAGGGGGUGGUGGACUCUGCACUCGCCAGCUUAACUGGUUCAGGAUCCCCUCACCAUACUUGAGGACCUGUUAACCAUGCCAGCAUUGCCUUGUGUAUAGUUAAAAUGUGUAUCAAGUACAAUUAUGGAGAAACAUUGUAACUGUUUUAAUAUGUGUUCAAGAUUUGUGAUUUGUAAAGAAUUGAGCCAUUUGAACACAAUCUAAUCUGAUGCAGAAUAAAUGUAUAAUGUCUUGUAA